AUGUCUUUUGAGAGUUUGAAUGACGCCGAUAUCUAUUUUGGAUACGGCCUCAAGGGAUUUGAUGGCACUAUCUCGCCCGUCUCUACGCUUCUCAACGCUGUUUCUGGAAUUGGGGACGACGAGUGUUUGCGUCAGGCUAGCAUCAAUGCAGGCAUUGGUGCUGGGGUUCUUAAACCAGAUGGACCGGCAGCUACCCGCAUCGUCCGAAAAUCUACUGAGCGCGGGUGCCGGCAGGGUCUGUGCAAUGUAUGCAACUCCUGGGUUGAUAUUGAUAGCUCGAGAAAAGUGCAGAUCAAUGUUCCAGAGAUUUACUGGUGGAAGCACAUACAGGCAUGCAUCAAGCGUACGUGGAAGCCCGAGUAG